UCGUCAUCGUAAUUCUGUGGCCCAUCUUGAUGCACGAUUAGAUCCGAUGGCUCAGAUGAAAUCGACUAGUUUACCUGAUUUAUUGAAAGACCUUCAUACGUCUAAGCCCCAUUUCUCAUCUGGAAAGCGUAACGAAGAUACCCAUCAUGAACGAAGUUCAAGUCAACCUGUUACUUCAACAAAACAUCCAACCACUAACCUAUCAAAUCCAAAUCAUCAUCAAAUUAAUAUCACUCAAUCAAGUACAAGAUUAUUAUCUGAAAUUGUUUUAGCGAUUUCAUUCACUAGAUCAAUAGAUGAAUUGAUUCAUGAAGAUUUUAUUUCUUCUAAACAUCGAACUCGUCAAAGAAAGAAAAAAAAUGAUGUUCAUGAAGAAGAAGAAGAAGAGGAAGAGAAAAGUCAAGAUCAAAAGAAGAAGAUUGAUCGGAAUUCGAGUUCAAGGAGUGAUGUAGAGAUCUUCAAUUUGAAUAACUUGAAUGGAUUAUUAUCUAGAUUAAAAGUUUGGAAACAUGUGAUUAGAAGAUCUGUAAGUGAAGCAGGUUGAAAGUAUCAAAUUGAAAUUGAAAUCAGAAAAAAAUCAAAGUCGAAAUUGCAAUUGAAGUUUCUUGAAAGGUUAUACUUGGAUUGAAUUAUAUUAUUAUUAUUUUCUUGAACUUUGUUUUGUUAGUA